AUGGAACUUGAGCAACCCAUGUUGAAAGACACUCCUCGUGACCCAACGACGGAUCUACUCCAUGUCAAGGUCAUGAAUAUGACAAAAGCAUGCAGUCUUCAGGUUUCGAAAUCGUUUAGGAUGCUCGAAAAUGAUGUGCCGAAUGGCCCUCCCCAAGGAAAACUAGCAUGGUUGAGGUCUCAAGUCAUCGGCAGUGAUGUGGAGUUUGAAACUCCUUUUGGAAAGCGUCGGCUUACCUAUGCUGACUACACUGCCUCUGGCCGAUGUCUUCAGUUCAUUGAGAAGUACAUCAUUGAGAAGGUUCUUCCAUUCUAUGGGAAUACUCAUACAAGUGACAGUUAUGUGGGGGAUCAAACUACAACAAUGGUGCAUGCGGCAAGUAAGUAUGUCAAGUCUUGCUUAGGGGGCAAAGAAGAAGAUGCACUACUGUUUGUUGGCUCAGGCACAACCGCAGCCAUUAAACGGCUUCAAGAGGUUAUGGGAAUUGUUGUUGCAUCAACUAUGAAGAACAGGGUUUUGAAUAGCCUUAGGAGUGAAGAAAGAUGGGUUGUUUUUGUUGGGCCAUAUGAACACCAUUCGAACCUCCUCUCGUGGCGCCAAAGCUUAGCAGAAGUUGUAGAGAUCGGUCUAGAUGAAAAUGGCCUAAUCGAUAUUGCAGCUUUAAGACAACACCUCGAGUCAUACCAGCACACAAAUCGCCCUAUGUUGGGUUCUUUCUCAGCAUGUAGUAAUGUCACCGGAAUUUACACUGACACGCGCUCCCUUGCUUCACUUCUUCAUCGAUAUGGUGCUUUUGCAUGUUUUGAUUUUGCUGCAAGGUACAUAAAAAGUUUUUUUUUUUUUUUUUUUUUUUUUUUUUUUUUUUUUUGAGUUAUGAUGUUUAAUUUCUGUAGGACAUAGUACAACUUUUAUUUUUUUUAUUUUUUCUUUCUAAAAUACAUAGUAAGAUUGAUAAUUGCUUUGCCUUAAUUAUGUGUAGUGGUCCUUAUGUGGAGAUUGACAUGAGAUCCGGUGAGGUAGAUGGAUAUGAUGCAAUAUUCCUUAGUCCACAUAAGUUCGUCGGGGGACCCGGUACUCCCGGAAUUCUUCUAAUGAGCAAAGUCCUUUAUCAAUUAGGAUCUUCACCGCCUUCAACAUGUGGUGGAGGAACUGUUAGCUUUGUCAAUGGAUUCAAUG